AAAACACUCCUUCAUUCAAAAUCUUAAUCUACCAAAAAAUUCGCUAAUCUCUGACCUCUUCUUCACAUCUUCCUCCAUUAAUACCCUUCCCUCUCUCUCCCAUGGAGUUGAUCUACCUACUCUAUCUGGUUCCAACGUUGUACGCGUGUUUCCUCAUAUGGAAGAUGUUGGACGAGAGAAGGGACAGGGAGUGUUACAUCCUAAACUACCAAUGCUACAAGCCCCCCAACGACAGAAUGCUCGGCACCGAGUUCUGUGGCAAGCUUAUCAGACGCACCGAAAACCUGGGCCCCAGCGAGUACCGCUUCCUCCUCAAAGCCAUCGUCAGCUCCGGCAUCGGCGAACAAACGUACGCCCCAAGAAACAUCUUCGAGGGCCGCGAGGCCACUCCCACGUUGCGCGACGGCAUCGGAGAAAUGGAGGAGUUCUUUCACGACAGCAUUGGAAAACUCCUCGCGAAAUCUAACGUCUCCCCCUCCGAGAUCGACGUCCUCGUCGUCAACAUCUCCAUGCUCGCCACCGUCCCUUCCCUCUCCUCUCGAAUCAUCAACCACUACAAAAUGCGCCACGACGUCAAGGUCUACAACCUCACCGGCAUGGGCUGCAGCGCCAGUCUCAUCUCAAUGGACAUAGUCAAAUGCAUUUUCAAGACGCAGCGCAACAAGCUCGCGCUGCUGAUCACUUCGGAGUCUUUAAGUCCAAAUUGGUAUACGGGGAGCGACAGAUCCAUGAUUCUCGCGAACUGUCUCUUCCGUUCUGGCGGCUGCGCCAUUCUUUUGACGAACAAAAGAUCGUUAAAGGACAAAGCCAUGCUGAGGUUGAAGUGUUUGGUGAGAACGCAUCACGGUGCUAGAGAAGAAGCUUAUGGCUGCUGUACCCAGCAGGAAGAUGAUCAAGGAAGGCUCGGAUUUCAUCUUGGAAAGACUCUUCCCAAGGCUGCCACCCGAGCCUUCGUUGAUAAUCUUCGAGUCAUAGCACCCAAGAUAUUACCUAUCCGUGAGUUGCUCAGGUUUUUGUUCGUGUCCAUUAUUAAAAAAAUCAACAAGAGUAGUAACGCUCCCAAGUCCGUUGCGAGCACCGGAGCGACAAAAUCACCAUUGAACUUCCGAACCGGGGUGGAUCAUUUUUGCCUUCACACCGGAGGAAAGGCGGUGAUCGACGGGAUCGGAAUGAGCUUGGAUCUGAGCGAGUAUGACCUGGAACCGGCGAGGAUGACGCUGCACCGGUUCGGGAACACGUCGGCGAGUAGCUUGUGGUACGUGCUAUCGUACAUGGAGGCGAAGAAGAGGCUGAAGAAGGGGGACACGGUGUUCAUGAUAAGCUUUGGUGCGGGCUUUAAAUGUAACAGCUGUUUGUGGGAGGUGAUGAAGGACUUGGGGGAGGCGAAUGUGUGGGACGAUUGCAUUGAUGAGUACCCACCAGAGUCAUUGGCCAACCCCUUCAUGGAGGCCUAUGGUUGGAUCAAUGAAGUUGAUGAUCCGUACACUUACGAACAUCUUCCAGAAUUUCUCAAGUGAUUAUUGUUGAUGUUGUGUAGUAGGAUUAUGCAUGUUGGCCAGCUACAAAGAAAAAAAAAAUUAAAAGGGAAGGGACCCUCUGAUUCUUUAGAUCUCUCUUUACAGGUGCAUCGAUGUAAUUGUGCAUUAAAUUUUUCUGUAAGCUAUACACUUAUAUAUUAUUAUUAUUGAACCCGGGCCUCUAGGGUUCAUUACCCAAUAAGGUGUGUGCUGCUUCUUGCCACACCGUCAAAAGGGUACGUAUUAUGGUUUUUUUUUUUAAACUUUGGUUUGCAUUAUUUGUUUAAAUGUGUUAUAAUAACGAGUUUCUUCUUUUUUUUCUGACAAAAAGAAAACGACAAAAAUAUCUGUAAUUGUUUUGGUUAGCUCUUGUUUAGUAGAUUAUGGGUUUUAAUUAAUUAUUAUAUUCUUGCAUUA